CCAAACUUCCGAAAACAAAACCGCAACAAGUUAUAGCCGCGUAUGUUACCAUGUAAACAACGGGCAGAAGGACCGAGCGAGGAUCCGACUCGCCACUGAGUAGAGCAUGAGCAUUAUGUAACUAUGUAGAAUGCUCGCUAUAAUCAGCGUUUUGUCGUUAGGGAUACCAAGAUUUUUGCGCUUUCACUAGCUCCACCCUCUCGUUCAAGUGCAAAUGGGCCAAUUUUCCUUCAUUAUCUUUGGGUUGUUUGCGGGAUUCCUGCGGCUCGUCAGGUGUGACAACAAUAUAACAAUAUAUGCAGACAAUCAGGCACUGGACUAUAGAAAUCCUUAUGCGAAAGAAACAGUUUGGUACAACAAGGACUAUGGUUGUCCCGUCAAAGAAACACACGGACAGAACGCCACGGUAUCUUUCACAUUCAACGGAACGUCUGUCCAAGCAUGGCUGCUGAGCGCCAACACAACAUCACGCGCCGACUUCUAUAUCGAUGGCGUUUACAAAGACACAAUGAACACUUGGAGCAACACUAGUUAUACCGACUGCUUGUACAAAUAUUGGAACUCGCCCCUACUGCCGGCGGGCGAGCACACAAUCACCACGUCCCACGGGAAUUUGGACGGUCACCACCCGAAUCUCGAUUUUGUGAAGUACACCUACGUCCCUAGCUCCACCGACAAAGGCCAUAAGUUAUCACUUGGAGCCAAAGCAGGCAUCGUUUUGGGUGGAAUAGCAGUGCUUUCCUUCGUGGGCUCCUUGUUCCGGUCUCGUCACUAUAUCGAGGAAACUACUACUUCUUACUUCUCGAGGACCCAGAGGCGUGUAGUGUAAGUAUGUGUGGUUGACAUGUGCGCCAGUGCAUCAGUUUCUAUGGGCCUAUGCGUAUAU